AUGACUAAGCCUGCUGGUACUCCACGCAAGAAGCCAGAACCACGUCGUCGGAGAUUAGAUGGGCAUGCUUCAUCGUCCAGCCAGGGGAGACUGACGCCCCUGACACUGAGUCCACCAACAUUGAGGAACGAUGCUGGAUUCGUCCCUUGGCCUACCCCUCCAGAAUCUGCUACGAGAACAACACAAAGCGGACCCGACCCAUCAAGGAACUUCUUUUUGGGUUCCACGAGCUAUGCUGCUGUCUUUACAGAAGAGCAACCCUUGCCAGAGACAGUGCAUGAACAGCCAUCUGAGAGACUGAGUAUAACCCCUUCGGCGUCGAGUAGAAGUAUGGGACAUCGACACUGCCAAUUCUCGCUUGGAGACACAAUAGUGUCUACUCUUCAACCCUUUUCAUUUUUUGAAAGGUCUCUUGAUAUGUACUUUGCUAUGCACAAGGACCCUGCUCUCGUUGGUCCACUUUUCCUCUCUGCAAUGCCACAGCUGCGUAAAGACGUAGAACAGCUCCAUGCUGCUGGUAGUCAGGUAUACCCUCUAUACGCGGAAAUUACAAAGAACUCCGCUCGACCCAUGAAAAUCCCUUCGGAUAUGCGGCCGUCGGAAUUUCACACGCUCUUCACAGGGAAGAACUUGAGAUGGGACGUAUUGGGCUUGAUCCUGGCGAUCGCCGGUUCUAAUGCCCAAUACACAUCACCCAAUGAUCCUCUGUUCACGCUAGAAGACGGCAAGCAAAUGAACAGAGAAGAAUUCAUUGAAGACGUAAUGCACGCAACCAACACAUGCAUCAACAUCUGCGAAACACAUGGCGCCGUGAAUGAGCUCAUGACAUGUCUCAUCUACAUCAACAUGAUGGUAGUUAGUAGUUUCUAUGGAGAUAACCAUCAUGCCACAUGGAGGCGUAUGGGCGACAGUGUUUCUGCUCUCUAUGCCGCAGGCAUACAUUGCGAAGCCUGUAAUGGAGAUGGUUCCAAUGCAGAACCGUUCUUUAUGCGCGAGUUCAGAAGACGGCUCUACGCAGCCAUAUAUCGCUCCGACAAAGCCCUAGCUGUGUUCUAUGGACGACCUCCAAUGAUGGGUUGGAGGUAUAGUGACCGCAAGAUGUUAUUGGACAUUAGCGAUCAGGCUGUGACUUCAGAAGAUCCGGAAGUACUGAAUGCUGAGCUUUCGAAGCUAGACAGCGCAGGCUGGAACACAGAAGGGCAUCUUCACCCUGCGACCUUCGGCAGAAUGAGGUGUCAGCUUGCUGUUUUCAAAGAGAGGCUGCUAGAGCAAACUUUGGCAGGUGAGAAGGAUAGUGAUGUGGUGCAGAACGUAGAAGCGAUAUCUGCCGAAUGUACAGCAUGGUGGAACGCAUUGCCAACGCAUCUGAGAUACGAUACCUACACGGAAGAGGCUGCCUGGGUAGGGCGUGGUCCUGGUCUAGCUAUGCGACUAACCGCUUACUAUCUGGAUUACCUGCACGUCCAUUUCCAGACGCAACGUCUACUUCACCGGAUCACGCAACAGGCGCUCCCAGCACUAUUGGAAGUGUCGCUAAAAAUACUCGUUACAUCCCUUAUAUGUACCAAACCGCAAAAUAGCGAUUACGAAAUUCGUCGCCACUUUCCCACUGUUAUAUUAUUCUACUGCUCCCCCGCCGCCGGUGUCCUAGCAUUAGAGCUUCGAAGAUGCACGAUUGAAGGCGUACCAUUGCCUGAUACAAUAAGUCGAGCAGAGGUCAUCCGAAAUCUUUCCGUGCUAACUUCGUGUCUGGAAUGGAUAGUUCUUCCCGGCGACGGAAAUCACAAACUGUGCAGCGAGCUCAACAAGAUGCUUGCACUGGUACUCGAGGAAGUCCUCAAUUACGUGCCUCCAACGAAUGGCGAGCAAGAACGGGGCGAUGACGCUGCAGCUAUGGCUGGAGCGGGGCAAGGCUUCUUCGACAUGCCCAUGAUUGAGGGUUUGGAACCUAUACCAACUGAGAGUGAGGACUUUCUAAAUUGGCUGGACAAUGCAACGUGGAACAAUACGGACAUAUUCUAA